GUCCGCUGCUGGAUUCUUGUGCACAUGCGAUGGCUGUGCUCCUCUGCCAUCGCGCAGCACUCCUGCUUCCAGGCCCUUCGAUCCGUUUUCACAGUGGCACCCUUUACCUGGAUUCGCUCGAAAACCACCUCGCGAAUCAGAAAUUGAUCUCUGCUCCCCGAGUUCAUUCUCAUCUCGCCGAGUUUCUGGUGCAUCAGAUUCCAAAGCUGCCCGAAUGGAGCAUGAAGCAAGAAAGAGUAGAAAGAAACUGGGAUCGCUUACACCUGGCAGUACGGCAAUUUGUAUAAGUUUGUGCAACUAAGCGAGUCGAGAGCGAGGCAGGGCAGAGAGUUAGUGAGGUAAGGACAGGAGGGAGGCAGUGAGUGUGCUCUCUCGCUCUCGUCCGUGUCUUUCUGCGUGCGGUGAUGAUUCCAGUACAAGGUACAACGAAUCCCACUUUGCGGCCUCUACAUGGUUGUCGGAAAGGCCGACACUCAAGUCCCCAAAUCUGAGAUAAAAUCCGGCUGACCGAAUGGUGCAUGAAGCAUCCGGCAUCAGAGCCAACUCUUUGGCGAUUGGCAGCAAUUUCUUGCGCAGCUCGGCUACUCCCGGCACGCCUCUCACCGCCAAAAGCCCGGGUCCUGUAGGUCCCAGGCACUGUGCGAUCUUCCCGGCCAUUCGGCCUCCACCUUCGUCCGCUGCUGGAUUCUUGUGCACAUGCGAUGGCUGUGCUCCUCUGCCAUCGCGCAGCACUCCUGCUUCCAGGCCCUUCGAUCCGUUUUCACAGUGGCACCCUUUACCUGGAUUCGCUCGAAAACCACCUCGCGAAUCAGAAAUUGAUCUCUGCUCCCCGAGUUCAUUCUCAUCUCGCCGAGUUUCUGGUGCAUCAGAUUCCAAAGCUGCCCGAAUGGAGCAUGAAGCAAGAAAGAGUAGAAAGAAACUGGGAUCGCUUACACCUGGCAGUACGGCAAUUUGUAUAAGUUUGUGCAACUAAGCGAGUCGAGAGCGAGGCAGGGCAGAGAGUUAGUGAGGUAAGGACAGGAGGGAGGCAGUGAGUGUGCUCUCUCGCUCUCGUCCGUGUCUGUCUUCGUGCGGUGAGUCCGGUUCCUCACCUUGUACAGGAAUCAGCAACGCCCCUGGUGUCUUCGCCCCCACUCCCUCCUUGGCUUGCAUGAUCUACUUGCUCGCCGAUUUGCUGCUGCGGCUCCUCCCACUUUCACUUCUUCCUUCUCUCGUCCCCCUCCUGCUCGUCUCAUCCCCCCGCCCGGUCUUCCCUGCGCUGAUCUGAUCGACGAUCCACUUUGUUCUCGGCCCAUUUUAUAUCCGGAGUUCGGACUUGUGAAGGUGAAAGUGAAUGAGAAGGGAGGGACUAGGGUAAUCAUGUCGUCGACUCUGGCCCAGAGCAGAGGGAGAAAUCGUCGUCCUAGAGCUGUUGAAAUUUUCUAGUAACUGUUGUCGUAGGGGUCGAGAAGGCAAUUGGGAGUUUAGAUCGUGCGAGGCCGUGCUUUCCUGCGUUUUUGAGGUUAGGUGAGAAUCGGAGAAUCUGCAAAUCGUCGAUGAUGUAAAAGUGGAAAAGACAGGAAGGAAGAAAGAACGGGAGGGUUUUGAGGAAGGCGAGGAGGCGACCAUUUUGAUGCGCGAGUGGAUUUGAGGACAAUUCCGGUCAAAGAAUCGGCGCGGGGCUGGCAUUUCUACCUUGAGCAGCAGCCCAACCAUAAUUCUCCCUUUUGAUAUGGUUUAUCAAAGUCCCUCGACGAGAGGCUCAUUCAAAAAGCCCUCGUUCAACCCCGGUGAUGAACUUACAACUUCCAGAACAUGCCUCAACGAUUCAAAAGAGGAUAUUAUCCAGCGUAAGUCGGGUAAACGGGAGCAGCAAGAGGCCGCUCAGCUGAUCGAUGCAAGCGGUGAGUUUCAUAAGGCAGCGGUCGACAAAAUUGUCAGAGAUCAUCUAGAUCGAUCGGGAGUUUCAUAUGCCGUAGUGGCGAUUAUGGGUGCUCAAAGCAGUGGCAAAAGCACAAUCCUUAAUCAUCUGUUCAGGACGUCGUUCAAGGAAAUGGAUGCAUUUGCUGGAAGGAAUCAAACAACUCAAGGUGUGUGGAUCGCACGCGCAAAGGAUAUUGAUCCUUGUACCAUUGUUAUGGAUCUAGAAGGAACAGAUGGACAAGAACGAGGAGAGGAUGAUACUGCCUUCGAGAAACGGAGUGCUUUGUUUGCCCUGGCAGUAUCGGAUAUUCUGCUGAUCAAUAUGUGGUGUCAUGACAUUGGCCGAGAGCAAGCUGCCAACAAGCCUCUUUUAAAGACCGUCUUUCAGGUUAUGAUGCGCCUGUUUACACCCCGUAAAACGACACUUCUGUUUGUCAUCAGAGAUAAGACUCGGACUCCCUUGUCCGUACUUGAGAGUAGUCUGCGAGGGGACGUCCAGAAGAUAUGGGAACGUACCCCCAAACCUCCGCAGUACGAAGGAACUCAGCUGAGUCAGUUUUUUACUGUGGAAGUUACAGCGCUCGCUAAUUUCGAGGAGAAACCUGAACUAUUCGAAGAGCAGGUUGGUCAGUUGCGGGACCGAUUCAACAACUCAAUUCAGCCAGGUGGACUGGCAGGCGAUCGAAGAGGAGUUGUUCCGGGAUCAGGUUUCGGAAUCAGUAUCAGUGACAUCUGGAAAAUCAUCAAGGAAAACAAAGAUCUGGAUCUGCCAGCACACAAGGUGAUGGUUGCCACUGUUCGGUGUGAGGAGAUUGCACAUGAGAAGCUGAGUGCCUUAUUGGCAGAUCCGGAUUGGCAUGAUUUGGACGAAGGUGCGAGGAAAGGCCUAGUCCCCGGCUUUGGGAAGAGAUUGAGUGCUCUUUUGCACAGGCAUCUAUCAGGGUAUGACGACGAAGCAGCAUAUUUUGAUGAUAAUGUAAGGAGAGCCAAGCGCAAUUAUCUGGUGACAAAAGUUUUAGAUACGGUUCAACCUGCAUAUCAAGCAGUUGUAUUGAAAAUUUGGAACGAAGCCUUGAAUAAGUUUAUGCAAGGGGUGAACGUUUGGGAAGAGCGUCCUGUUGGAGAGGAAGGCUUUGCAGUUGCGGUCCGCAGGUGCUCCGAGCAAGCUUUGUCAGACUUUGAUAAGGGUUGUUCAGAUUCUUGCGUUUCCCAAGCCCAUUGGGACAACGGAAAGCUUCGUAAAAAGCUUCAUCGAAAAAUUGAUGCACAUGCUCAGACAGUCAGAGCUGAGAAAAUUGCUGCCAUUGUAGCUUCUGUCCAGAAGCGGGUUGAGCACGCUCUUACGGAAUCCGCUAGAGCUGAAUUAGCUGCUGCGUCUGAAAAGACGUGGCCAUCUGUUAAGAGGCUUCUUACACGCGAAACCGAUAUUGCGAAGGCAGCUCUGUUGUCAGAUAUUGCAGGAUUUGAGCCGGAUGAAACAGAAAAAGCAACUAUGUUGGAUCGCUUAACUUCGUUCUCAAGAGGAGUGGUGGAGCGACAGGCGAGGGAGGAAGCUUCACAGGCACUGCCACGUAUGAAAGAUAGGUUUACGACAAGUUUUAGCCAUGAUGCAAAGUCACAACCUAGACUUUGGUCUGAAGAAGAGUAUAUCCUGGCUACUGCCAAAGAAGCUCGGUCAGAGUCUCAUAAAGUACUAUCUGCUCUGGCUGUAAUACAGCUUGAUUACGACGAUAUGAAUGAUCCGACCAAGCCAGCACUGAGCUCCUUAUUGGACGGUUCCAGUCAGAAUGCACUCGCCGCAAAUUCUUGGGAUGGGGUUCCGCAAGGGAAUACUCUCUUAUCGCCCGUGGAGUGUAAGAAAAUAUGGAAACAAUUUAAAGAUGAGACCGAUUCCACAAUUCUUCAGGCUAAACUUCAGGCUUUAGCAGCGCAGGCGCACAAGAAAGAUGAGGCGCACAAGAAGUCAUCAUCAUGGUUACCUCCAUCAUGGUGUAAGGCAUCAAAGUGGAGACCUCCACCAUGGGUGGUCGGGGUCGGGAUCGGGGUACCAUCGGCCGUGUGCCUGGCGGGUUUCAGUGUUGUGCUUACGAUGGUGUUGGGUGGUUAAACCGGAGUACUGCAUCACACCUAAAAAGCAUACCCGAACCCGAUCCCUGCUCACGCAUUCUGGGUUUCUGGUACCCAUACCCGACGUACAUACAAAGAGACAAAACCGAAACCCGAAACGAACCCAAGUCGCCUCUGAAUUGAUAUCCGACUAGACCCGAAUAGAUGGGUAAAAAACAUACGUUUUUUAUUUAGCUUUCAGUUUUCGGUGUAACCCAAGCCAGCAUAGAUGGGGAAAAAAACAUACGUUUUUUAUUUAGCUUUAAAUUUUCGGUGGAACUGAAACAUGAACAGAUGGUAAAAAAACAUACGUCUUUUAUUUUGCUUAAAAUUUUCGGUGGAACCAAAACAUGAACAGAUGGGAAAAAAACGUACGUUUUUAUACUUAGCUCUAGGAUUUUUGUGGAACCGAGACAUGAACCCAUGAAAAGUCCAGUAGUUCUCUAUUUAGCUUUCGGUGAUAGGUGUAACCUUAAUCUGGACAGCAGGCGACAGUAGCAUUGAGCGUAGAAACAUGAAAUCGUCGAGCUUGGAAACAUGUAACAGGUUGCGUUUUUUGCACAUUGUAUGGUCGAGAAGUUGUUUUCAGAUUUUGCGCGAGAUAUUGGAAUGGUGGCACACAGAGCGAGCGAGUCGAGAAAGUAGAGUGAAUUUGUUUUGAUGGAUUUUCCACCAAAAUAAAAUUCCAUAUUUAGAUAGAAGUGUGCUUUCAUCAUCAUUACUCAAAUAUAGUUGUUGUAUUUUGUUUUCAAAGAAAAAUCAAGGUGCAUGUCAUCGC